GUCAUACAUUCAAUGCAUUAACACUCGUAUUGUUCGCAAUGCAAUGAGUGGUAAGUGUUGUGUCUAUCAGUGCUAUCACUGCAGUCGUGCACUCUUUCAUCCAUUGUGUCUGUGAUUGGGAUCAGCCACUGGUGACCACAACUGACCGCAACUGGUGUCCACUGCACUCUCACUGACCACCCGUUGCCUACAAUGAGUGAUGAGGAAAAGGAUGUAGACAUUGAGAGCGAUGACGAAGACGUGUGUUCUUCGGCAUCAAUCAGUGGUGACUCCAAUCGUAACGCAUUCGCACAGGCGGAUAAGAGGGCGCAUCACAACGCACUGGAGAGGAAGCGCAGGGAUCACAUUAAGGACAGCUUCAGUAGUCUCAGAGAUGCCGUGCCUUCACUUCAUGGCGAGAAGGCUUCGAGGGCGCAGAUACUGAAGAAAGCGGCCGAAUAUAUAGGUUUCAUGAGACGCAAGAAUACGACAGUUCAGGGAGACAUCGAUGACUUGAAACGACAAAACAAAGUACUCGAAGAGCAAAUCCGUACCCUCGAGAAGGCCAAGAGCUCUGGCAUAACAGAUCUGGAUUUGAACGGGACAUCCAUUUUGGACAACUCGAGCCACACUAAGAUUGAGAGCGAAUCCGUUUCGUCAUUGGAUGGCAUGUCUGACUAA